UUCGCUCCUCUGUAUCGCGCUCGUUUGUUGUAGCGGACUCCCGCACGACCGACGUUUGUUGUAGCGGACUCCAGCACGACCUUUUGUUGUACCGGAGACUCCAUCACUUCAUCACUGCCAAGAGUCAAUUGAUGACGAAUUGACCACGAAUUGAUACAUAAUCUUCCAGUUGCGGUAUGUUCUGAAUCUGAGUUAGAAUCAAUCAUGGCUGGCGAUGCUCGGUUUUUCGGCAGCAGUGGCAAGCGGGGUGACCUGCAAGAGCUGCGAGAAGAUUAAGCCUUGUCGUGGAACUAUUUUAUCUUAUCAGUAGUUAUUAAUUUUGAUCUUCAGAUAUAGAAGAUCAUUUUAGGAAAUUUUUCUAAGAAGAGCUGCACUCAACGAAAUAGAUAGAAGAUUUUAGGAAAUUCUAAGAAGAGCUGCACUCAACGAAAUUGGACAAGAAACGAGAUGCCGUACGAAAGGUCAUAGCGAACAUGACACUGGGCAAAGACGUCUCUUCGCUCUUCGCCGACGUGCUUAAUUGCAUGCAGACUCAAUCGCUCGACCUCAAAAAGUUGGUCUACCUUUACUUAAGGCUAUAAUUGCGUAUGGCUAUGGUGUUAGAGCAAUUGAUACACUAUUCUUGCUUUGUUUACUCAUUGCCACAGCGAUUAGAAAGUAGUACUCAAAGACUGUUUUUAUGUGCAUGUAGUUGUAGAUGUACUUAAUCGAUCAUGUUCGUUCUUGUAUUGGCAUUUUUAACGUGAACGUCAUCAGCAGUCGUGAAUUCACCAGGAUUUGCGAGUUGGAUAAGUUGCUACUGACAGACUCGGAUCAAUACGAUAGAGCCCACGCAACUUCUCUUAUCAAAAGAAGCCAUACGUCGGCCCACGCCACUUCUCUUAUCAAAAGAAUCCAUACGUCGGCCCACGCCACUUCUCUUAUCAAAAGAAUCCAUACGUCGGCCCACGCCACUUCUCUUAUCAAAAGAAUCCAUACGUCGGCCCACGCCACUUCUCUUAUCAAAAGAAUCCAUACGUCGGCCCACGCCACUUCUCUUAUCAAAAGAAUCCAUACGUCGGCCCACGCCACUUCUCUUAUCAAAAGAAUCCAUACGUCGGCCCACGCCACUUCUCUUAUCAAAAGAAUCCAUACGUCGGCCCACGCCACUUCUCUUAUCAAAAGAAUCCAUACGUCGGCCCACGCCACUUCUCUUAUCAAAAGAAUCCAUACGUCGGCCCACGCCACUUCUCUUAUCAAAAGAAUCCAUACGUCGGCCCACGCCACUUCUCUUAUCAAAAGAAUCCAUACGUCGGCCCACGCCACUUCUCUUAUCAAAAGAAUCCAUACGUCGGCCCACGCCACUUCUCUUAUCAAAAGAAUCCAUACGUCGGCCCACGCCACUUCUCUUAUCAAAAGAAUCCAUACGUCGGCCCACGCCACUUCUCUUAUCAAAAGAAUCCAUACGUCGGCCCACGCCACUUCUCUUAUCAAAAGAAUCCAUACGUCGGCCCACGCCACUUCUCUUAUCAAAAGAAUCCAUACGUCGGCCCACGCCACUUCUCUUAUCAAAAGAAUCCAUACGUCGGCCCACGCCACUUCUCUUAUCAAAAGAAUCCAUACGUCGGCCCACGCCACUUCUCUUAUCAAAAGAAUCCAUACGUCGGCCCACGCCACUUCUCUUAUCAAAAGAAUCCAUACGUCGGCCCACGCCACUUCUCUUAUCAAAAGAAUCCAUACGUCGGCCCACGCCACUUCUCUUAUCAAAAGAAUCCAUACGUCGGCCCACGCCACUUCUCUUAUCAAAAGAAUCCAUACGUCGGCCCACGCCACUUCUCUUAUCAAAAGAAUCCAUACGUCGGCCCACGCCACUUCUCUUAUCAAAAGAAUCCAUACGUCGGCCCACGCCACUUCUCUUAUCAAAAGAAUCCAUACGUCGGCCCACGCCACUUCUCUUAUCAAAAGAAUCCAUACGUCGGCCCACGCCACUUCUCUUAUCAAAAGAAUCCAUACGUCGGCCCACGCCACUUCUCUUAUCAAAAGAAUCCAUACGUCGGCCCACGCCACUUCUCUUAUCAAAAGAAUCCAUACGUCGGCCCACGCCACUUCUCUUAUCAAAAGAAUCCAUACGUCGGCCCACGCCACUUCUCUUAUCAAAAGAAUCCAUACGUCGGCCCACGCCACUUCUCUUAUCAAAAGAAUCCAUACGUCGGCCCACGCCACUUCUCUUAUCAAAAGAAUCCAUACGUCGGCCCACGCCACUUCUCUUAUCAAAAGAAUCCAUACGUCGGCCCACGCCACUUCUCUUAUCAAAAGAAUCCAUACGUCGGCCCACGCCACUUCUCUUAUCAAAAGAAUCCAUACGUCGGCCCACGCCACUUCUCUUAUCAAAAGAAUCCAUACGUCGGCCCACGCCACUUCUCUUAUCAAAAGAAUCCAUACGUCGGCCCACGCCACUUCUCUUAUCAAAAGAAUCCAUACGUCGGCCCACGCCACUUCUCUUAUCAAAAGAAUCCAUACGUCGGCCCACGCCACUUCUCUUAUCAAAAGAAUCCAUACGUCGGCCCACGCCACUUCUCUUAUCAAAAGAAUCCAUACGUCGGCCCACGCCACUUCUCUUAUCAAAAGAAUCCAUACGUCGGCCCACGCCACUUCUCUUAUCAAAAGAAUCCAUACGUCGGCCCACGCCACUUCUCUUAUCAAAAGAAUCCAUACGUCGGCCCACGCCACUUCUCUUAUCAAAAGAAUCCAUACGUCGGCCCACGCCACUUCUCUUAUCAAAAGAAUCCAUACGUCGGCCCACGCCACUUCUCUUAUCAAAAGAAUCCAUACGUCGGCCCACGCCACUUCUCUUAUCAAAAGAAUCCAUACGUCGGCCCACGCCACUUCUCUUAUCAAAAGAAUCCAUACGUCGGCCCACGCCACUUCUCUUAUCAAAAGAAUCCAUACGUCGGCCCACGCCACUUCUCUUAUCAAAAGAAUCCAUACGUCGGCCCACGCCACUUCUCUUAUCAAAAGAAUCCAUACGUCGGCCCACGCCACUUCUCUUAUCAAAAGAAUCCAUACGUCGGCCCACGCCACUUCUCUUAUCAAAAGAAUCCAUACGUCGGCCCACGCCACUUCUCUUAUCAAAAGAAUCCAUACGUCGGCCCACGCCACUUCUCUUAUCAAAAGAAUCCAUACGUCGGCCCACGCCACUUCUCUUAUCAAAAGAAUCCAUACGUCGGCCCACGCCACUUCUCUUAUCAAAAGAAUCCAUACGUCGGCCCACGCCACUUCUCUUAUCAAAAGAAUCCAUACGUCGGCCCACGCCACUUCUCUUAUCAAAAGAAUCCAUACGUCGGCCCACGCCACUUCUCUUAUCAAAAGAAUCCAUACGUCGGCCCACGCCACUUCUCUUAUCAAAAGAAUCCAUACGUCGGCCCACGCCACUUCUCUUAUCAAAAGAAUCCAUACGUCGGCCCACGCCACUUCUCUUAUCAAAAGAAUCCAUACGUCGGCCCACGCCACUUCUCUUAUCAAAAGAAUCCAUACGUCGGCCCACGCCACUUCUCUUAUCAAAAGAAUCCAUACGUCGGCCCACGCCACUUCUCUUAUCAAAAGAAUCCAUACGUCGGCCCACGCCACUUCUCUUAUCAAAAGAAUCCAUACGUCGGCCCACGCCACUUCUCUUAUCAAAAGAAUCCAUACGUCGGCCCACGCCACUUCUCUUAUCAAAAGAAUCCAUACGUCGGCCCACGCCACUUCUCUUAUCAAAAGAAUCCAUACGUCGGCCCACGCCACUUCUCUUAUCAAAAGAAGCCAUACGUCGCAUACUCACUGUCCACCUCCUUUUCUAACUCCUGCUGUGGCUUCAUCAUAUUGGCGUCCUUGUGAAUAUACUUGUACAACUGGGCAGCAUCUAGAUCCUGAAGAUCCUGGACCUUUCAUGCGAGUUGAUCAGAUGAACGUUCUCGAACCCUUACUCCCCCCUAGUUUCCCCCCUUUACUACAACAACAAAACGCUUCGAAGUAUUAUUGUUUCGAUUACUCGGUUAUUUUAGUUUUUCGAGUACUCACUGUCCACCUCCUUUUCUAACUCCUGUCGUAAACUAUAGCGCGACACAACCGGAGCUGGCGAUUUUAGCCGUCAACACGUUCCGGAAGGACAGCGUAGAUCCAAAUCCUUUGAUACGUUAAGGCUUCCCCUAAUUCAUCUUGUUGAACUUGAACAGCAUCGAUCUUGGUCGAUACGUUUUGUUCAAGGAGGGUGCUCUUAGUCAAAUCAAUUUUGAAUUCGCGAGGAUCAUCAAGAUUCUUGAACAAAUCCCAGAUUGAACAGGUCUCAGGAUAUUAUUCGCUUUUUUGUGAGCCCCACUAAAUACGAGCUUUGGCAGUCCGCACGAUGGGGUGCAUUCGCUUGGACGCAGUGACAGAGUACAUCCUGGAGCCUUUGCGCCGAUCCUGCCAGGACAGCGAUCCGUAUGUGCGGAAGACGGCUGUCAUGUGCAUAGCCAAGUUAAGGGUGAAAAAGAAGAGGAAGAGGUGCAAAUAAAGAAACAAGGCUGAAGAAGUGAUCCAACGCCAAGAUCGAAGGCUGAAGAAAACACAGCAGCAAUUUCAUUUAAUGAAGAUGAACUACAUAUUCAAUAAUCCCCGUCUAAAGAAACUGUACGACAUUCAGCCGGAGCUAGUGGAAGAGCAUGGCUUUUCAGAAAUCUUGAAGGACUUGCUCACUGACAGCAACCCGGCAGUCGUGGCGAAUUGUAUGGAUGUUGUUUUUUUGCAGCUAUCAAACCAUCGAGGCUCCCUUUUUUUUAGGUGAAGAUCAUACGUUUUUGAAGAGAGAUCAUGGGGAGCCAAGAAGAUGGUCUGGCUAGAUGGAAACAACAACAUUUAUAAACUGCGUCGCAACGUUGUCGGAAAUGAGCAAGAGAAAUCCCGCGUUCCUCCAGUUGACUGACCAGAGCAUCCAGAACCUGUUGAACGCCCUUAACGAGUGCAGCGAGUGGGCACAGGCAUUGAUACUGGACUCCAUAUUUAUGCUCCUGCGCUCCUGUGGAUGAUCAUGAUGAGAGGAGUUAUUUAGUUCUAGUACAACAACUGCAACUUCUUCUGGAGUUAAAUUUUACUAAGUAUGAUUUUGUUGCAGAUCUAUCUGAUACCAUGUCUCUCAGCUUCAGUCGUAAGUACUAGUUGCUCUAAUCUAUCACACAGUUAUCAUCCCCCUACACCACGAGCAGCAGAGGCGAUCUUAGAGCGGGUCUCUCCACGGCUCUCCCAUGCGAACCAAGCUGUUGCACUUAGCACAGUGCGAUUGUUUCUGCGAUUCAGUGAUCUACUAUUAUGGUCAGCUGCUAGUUCUAACAGAAAUUGGAGUGAUGAGCACUUUAACUUUUUUAUGUUCGUACUGUUACUACAAGAAUUAUUUUUAAGUACGAGGAAGAUGAGGAAUUUAUUAGGAAUACUCUUGUUACUUUUGAUGCUCAUUUUGAUUUUAUCACAUGAGCUACUUACACUCUAAUCCUCGGGCAACAGGAGUCGUCGCGUUUGAUGCGAAAAGUCGGUCCUCCUUUGGUGACUUUACUCCAUGCCGAAUCGGAGAUACAAUUUGUUGUACUCCGAAGUCUCAACUUGAUUCUCCGAAAAAAAGGGCUUGCCGCAGUCCUCAACAUGGACGUGAAGAUCUUCUUCUGCAAGUACAACGACCCUGUUUUUGUCAAGCUGGAAAAGCUUGAGCUCCUGGCUCUACUGGUUGGCGAAGGGAAUUUGGAAGUAUGGCUCGUCAUCUUAAAAAUGUCUGAGUCUCCAACGUGGAAAAAAAAAUGCAACAUUCAUCAUGAUCAUCUUCAAACUACGAGUCAUCUCCUGAUAGGGCAUCUAGCUUCAUCAAAGUCAACAUUUUACAGAAAAAACUGCUUCUACUCAGAUGCUUCGUGACAAAACCACGCGUCCUUCCAGGAGAUGACUUCUAUUUGCGCAUUUAUCGGUAAACCCUACACUUUUUCUUCUAAUAUCAGUGGUGCUCUCCGAAAUGCGAGAUUAUGCGAACGAAAUCGACGUCGAAUUUGUCCGAAAAACAAUACGGACCAUAGGUCGCAUUGCCAUCAAAUUCCCUCAAGCGGCUGAACCUUGCAUCAACCUCUUACUAGAAUUGAUGAAAACAUCGAACGUACUUCUUAUUUUGAAGUUUUGAAGACUCUUACAACUAGUUGUUUGAGCAUUUGAAGACUAGUUCUUGUUCUUGUGUUUGAAUUCCUACUGUUGUAUUGCCAAGAUGCUGAAGAUAAUUUUGUAUCUAGGAAGCUGUGUUUUCUGCGUCCUUAUGUAAGAACUUCUCUUGCUCGUGGAGUCGCUCCUUUCUUUGUCCGUAUAUUCUUCUUUUAAGUAGCUGUCGUCCUCCGUAUACCUAGUACACUUCUUGUUCUUAGAAUGUUUGAUUUUACUUCAGGGAGAAUACGUAACGCAAGAAAGCUUCGUGGUUGUGGCGAAUAUUUUUCGCCGUUACCCCGGAGAAUACGAGGCUGUGAUUCAAACCUUAUGUUAAGGCUGGAGGUUCUUAUAAAGCUCAUCCAUGUAGUAUUGUUCUUAUUUUUUAGGACUAGUAUCUUCUAGUUCUCAGUCUCACUUCUAGUUCUGAGUCGUCUUCUUCUAUAGCCACCCCAUACCCGUUACCGAAUACGGUACCAACACAUGGAAAUAGAAAAACUUCUACUUCUUUUUACUUAUGUUGAUCGAUGAAAAACUACGAAAACGACCUACCUCUAACGAUAUGAGAAUUUGGAGAGCAUCGAUGAACCCGAAGGAAAAGCAGCGAUCAUAUGGGUCCUCGGUGAAUACAGUGAACGCAUCGACAACGCGGCAGAGAUAUUGGAGCAUUUUUUUAUGAAUUUAGUGGUUUUGCGGUACCUACUCCUACUCGUACCUACUUUUGAUCUACAUUCUACAACUUGUACCUCAAUCAUUUGUUGCAUGAUCCAUAAUGUUAAUGAUCUUGAGGAAUCGUCUGAGAUUGUUUACUUCUUGUUUGUCAAGAAGAUGUCAGUUUGAUUUCAUCUGAAUCUGAUCCUGAUCCUAUGCCUGACCUUUGUGAUCUUUUAGUUUUUCAAAUCUCCUCUUCAACUUCCACUAAAGUUGAAAUUAGUCUUCCACAUGAGGCGGUAUUACUAGUCACUCUGGUGUUCUUUGUUUUGAGUUGCAGUUUACAGCGUUACCUCAAGUAGUGCAUACUGUUAUUUCCUAACAGCUGCAUCAUGAUCAUAGAAAGAGUUUUCCUUGUCUUCUAAUUUCUUGACCCAUUUCCAUGACGAGCCAGCACAAGUGAGGUGCGUUCUGUUGACUGGAGUGGUAAAGCUCUUCCUCAAGAGUCCUGGAACGGCAACUCAGCAGAUGGUAACGAGGACUCUCAAGUUAUGCACCGAAGAAACCGACGAUCCUGAUUUGAGGGAUAGAGGGUACUAAUGCAACUUUUGACAACAACAAGGACAAUUCUUUUUUGAAAUAGUACUACUGAUGAUACACAUACAUUUGUUGUAGCUAGAUGUAGAUUUUUUGAUCUGGCAUAUCUACUUCCAGGUACAUGUAUUGGCGGCUUUUGUCAAGCGACCCAAAGGUGACUAAAGAGGUUGUUCUCGGCACAAAACCGAAAAUCAGCGACGAUAGUGUUAAGGCUAAUAAUCUAUUCCAAAGGUUGUGCCUAUCGUACCUCAUGACUUUAUAAAAAGAAUGUCGUGGGAAAACACUCCAAAGUCUAUUUUGAUGCCUUUACUUUCGUGCAAGAAAAUUAAUAAAAAUAAGUUGUACUUCUACUUCGUUCUUGAUCUUGUUCGAAGCGCUCAUGACUUCUUGUUCUACGCUCAUGUACUUCUGGCCAAUUACGUGGUAUAGAAUCUCUUCUACUGCUGCUGCAGAAAGAGCUACAAGAAAAAGGACCAUCCCGAUCCUCUAAGAAGCGGCGCCUCCCUCCAAAAAUGCUGGAAACGCUCAUUCAUGGCGUUGGGACGCUUUCCUCAGUCUACCGCCAGCUCCCGGAUACAUUUUUGGCGAAAAGGUAUAAAAUGAAAAGGUAUAAAAUAAUCAAAAAAAGUUUCUUACUGUUUUUCACAAUAUGAAUCGCAAACUCAAUCGAAGUAUGCGAUAAUUAUGAUAGAUCAACAGGUCUGGCAGCGUAG